AUGACGAGGUUCUGGAAUCGUAACGCCGAUACCCCUUGGGGAUUCGCAAUCUACCGCACCGUCUACACUGAACAGUCGUCACAAGUAUGGAAGGACGUGGUCGAGAAACUCGAAUCAUACCUCUUUUACAGCGUCAAAAGGGAUAUUGAGGUAAAAGCUCGUGACAUGUAUGAUGAACUGGAAGAUACCUACGGCUCGGUGCUAUUCAAUGAUGCGAGUCAAUUCGACGGGAUGAGCAUUGAUCGUGUGCGGAGGCAUUGGCUUGCAAUGCAGGGGAGGAAAGUAGAUCCAGAUCCAGAUUCAGAUGCCGACGACGAUGACGAUGACGAUGAUGACGAUGACAAAGUAGAGAAGAGCAAAGAUGAUGAAAAUGGCGAGGCCGAAUUCGAAAUCUCACAAGAAGAAAUCGAAGAUUUCCGCGCUGAUCAUACAAAUCUUGAAUUCUGCAUCUUGAUCGAUGAAGAAGUCUUGCAAUCCAUCCUGAGUGCACCCGCCACCCCUAAAGAAGCUGCAAAGAUAUUUCCCAAGAAAUGGUUUGAGAGUAUCGGAUAUGUCAAGGUCGUUGACCAACAGUCUGGCCCCGGCAGCAGCCACGAUUACCCCGGUUGGAUGACGGUCGAUUUGACAUGUUUGUGGGAGAUAUACGGAAUGGAUGAUCUAGAGUCUCAGUAUCCGUACGAGGAUCCGCGGACGGGGAAGAGGAUUGUGUAUACAGGAAUUCCUCCGACAGAUCCUACGAGAGAGUAUCACUAUGGUGGAGUUUCGCUUGGGCGUGCCAUGUGA